AAAAGCGUCACAUAGUUCAGUAUAAUUAGAUAAAAUGAUUGUUCUGGAGUUUACUCUGAUUCUUCUGCUUCAGCUUGAAGGCCUCGGUGCAGGAGGACCGUCUCUCUACCACAGAGUUGGAGAUGAUGUUUUUCUGCCUUGUAGCGAUAUUUCCCAUACUUAUUUCCGCCGCAGAAGUGACUGGUUUUACACCAGAGACCCAGACACAGACUCACAGAUGGAGGUUCAGAGAGGGAUGGUUGUUCAGAGUUCACCCCGAGCUGCCAGGCUGAGAGUGGACCGGUUCAGUUCUCUGCUCAUCUACAACAUCACAGCUGAGGAYGCUGGACGUUACAGCUGUGUCCCCUGGGACAAACACCGAGAUCACCUCGACUCUGUGUUUCUGAAUAUUUUAACCAUUUCUCCAUCAGAAUCAGAGACAACAGCUGGAGCGGUCUCACUCAGGUGUUCUCUGAGGAGCUUCAGCUCUUCGUGUCCAGUGGACAGCCUCCGUUGGCUGGAUGAGACUGGAACAGAGCUGACUGAUGGAGCUGAUGACUACAAGGUCAGAAGAAAAACGAACUGUGUUUCUGUUCUUACGACGACCCGUUGGAGCGACUGGAACAGAGCUUUCAGCUGUCGCUUUGUUGAAGGAGACAGCGUCAUGAUAGACGCUCACUACACACCUGUCUCUGCAGGCACCGGCAGAGGAGCAAACGUCUUUCUGUACCACAGAGCUGGAGACGAAGCCGUCCUGCCGUGUGGCGUUCCUCCGUCCUCCUGCUCCCGCUCCACUCUCAGAUGGUUUUACAACAGAGGUUUGGAAACCGAGGUUAAGGUGGAGGUUAAAAAUGGAGAAGUUCUUCAGGGUUCAGGUCGAGCUGGCAGGCUGAGCGUGAGCCGCUUCUGCUCUCUGAUCAUCACCAACAUCAGAGCUGAGGAUGCUGGACGCUACAUCUGCUGGCUGGAAGGAAACUUCCAGCAGGACUUUGUGUAUCUGAGUGUUUUGACCAUUUCUUCAUCAGAUAUUGGUGGGAAUGUCUCACUGCAGUGUUCUCUGAGGAGACACGCUGGAGCCGGUCCCUGUCCAGUGGACGGCCUCCGCUGGGCGGACGAGACGGGAGCUCAGCUGCUCCGUGAAAAUGCUUGGUUCAGUUCAGGAGAACAGAGUAACUGUGUUUCCAACCUGACUGUGGAGCCACAGAUCAGCCGAAACAGAACCUUCAGCUGUAUUGUGACCUAA